UAGUUAUUAGUUUGUGAAGAGAAAGAUUUACUGUGACAAUCAUGGCAGAGAAAAAAACGGAGGUUGAUUUGACUCGAGUAAAAAAAAACGCCGGUGUAUGGCUAGUUAAGGUUCCCAAAUACCUUUCACAACAAUGGGCCAAAGCAUCGGGGAAGGGAGAGGUCGGAAAGCUAAACAUUGGAAAGAGGCAAGGGAAAUCAGAGGUCUCCUUCACUCUGAGUGAGGAUCUGACAUCUCCGUCAGGCCUGGGGGAGAAAGCCGAGUCGCUGCAUAUCCCCAGGGACUGUCCUUUCACCAUGCAGACAGUGGGGGGACAGACCCUGGCUGUGUACUCUGAGAGCUCCACAGAUAAGAUAUGUCUGGAGGGAAUGGUGGUUCAGAGAGCAGAGUGCAGACCUGUUGUCAACGAAAGCUACAUGAAGCUAAAGAAGCUGCAGAUUGCAGAGUCCACCAAGCCGGUUCGUCUGUCCCAGAAGCUGGACAAGGCUGUCACCAACAACUUUAAACCUGUGUCGAACCACUUAACCAAUUUGGACUAUGAGAAGAAGAAGAAGUCUGAGGGGCGGAUGGUGAGAGCGGAGAGACAGCAGGUGAUGGACAUGCUCUUCUCUGCGUUUGAGAAACACCAGUAUUACAACAUCAAGGAUCUGGUGGAUAUUACCAAGCAACCUGUGACAUACCUGAAGGAGAUCCUGAGAGAGAUUGGGGUUUACAAUACCAAGAGUACACACAAGAGCACCUGGGAACUGAAGCCAGAGUACCGGCACUACAAGGUAGAGGAGGAAGAGGUGGAGAUGAAGAGCGACUAGCCCAGGAGGGACCACUUUGUUUGGGGCCAUCACUGUCCUCCAGGCUCCUGGCCAGUGAAGAGUUUGAAGGAUUGUUCUUGAGUUGUAUUUGAAAUCUGAAAAAUACCAUUCUUUUUGGUGUUCA